GUUGCAGACCUGGAAAAGACACAUACGAGGAAGAGAAGAGAGCUGCAUAAAGCGGAACGAGUUCCUCUUCUUCCUCCUCCUCCUCCUCCUCUCUCCUCACCAGAAAUCGAAAAAAGUGGACAGGCCCAGAAGCUACAACCAUCGUAUCCGCGGGAGCAGUCGAUGAAGCUGUCCGCCAUGUUCUCCCUCCACACGUCCUCCGCCGUCAAGAACGUCUCCCCCACAUCGUCGGCUUUCCCUCCCUUCCGCUCCCCCCUCCGACCCAAAUCGGGGAAUCUGGUUCUCCCGAGAAAAUCGCCGCUCCCGGGGAAGUCUUUCGGCGUUGGAAGGAUGAGCUUCGGCGUCGUUUCCUCGUCCGCGGCGGGAGCUGGACCCGACCGAUCCCCUCCUCAGGGGUUGCAGGGAGCUGAAUCAUUUCUCAGGAAAGUCUUGGAGAAUAUGGAAUGCGUGUACUUGAACAGGAACCCCACUGCCAAAGCCAUCCUGGAGCUCGUUCGGUCGGCCGAUGAAGAUCGCAUAUGUUACGAUCAUCUCGCAUUUAGGACUUUUGGGGUGAAUGGUUAUGGGAUCGACUCGAUCGCAGACUUUUUCCUGGAUUAUGGUUACACACAGAGAGAGGAGUUGAGGUUUCCUGCGAAAAAGUUGAGAGCCCUGUGGUUUUCGCCUCCAAGAAACUCCCUUUCAGAGGGUGGGACCGGUGUGAAUGGGCCUCUACCCAGAAUUUUUAUAUCUGAACUUCUCGUCGACGAGAUGACUCCACAAACACAGGAAAUAAUUAGAAAAUACGUUGAGAUCUCUGGGAAUGGAAAUAAGCAUGCUGCUCUGGCAAGCGCAUUGGGAGCUUUGACUUGGGAGAAGCCUCUGUACUCCGAAUUUCAACAAUUAGCGAGGGAAAGCGAGUAUGCUGCCUGGACCCUCGUCAAUGGAUAUGCGGUGAACCAUGUCACUAUUUCGACUCAUCAGCUAAAAUCACACCUGAGGAAUAUCAAAAGCUUAAAUGAAUUCAUUGAAAAGAACGGAUUCAGCUUGAACUCAGAAGGAGGGAUCUUGAAAGUUAGCCCCGAUGGUCUUCUGCUUCAAAGCUCAACCGUGGCAGAUUCAAUUCUUUUCCAGUUCUCAGAGGGGAUCAAAGAAUCAGUUCCCUGUUCAUAUAUUGAGUUUGCCGAACGCCUUGUACUGCCUCAGUUUCGGAGUCUACCGGAGAAAGAGGUCAAAGAGUUCCAUAGACGAGACGGUUUCGAGGUCGGGAAUGCCGACAAGAUCUUCGAGAGCACAUCGAAAGAGCAGCUCACUAGGAGAGCUGCAUGAGCAUGGAGGUCAAAGACAGAACAAUGAAACACCUAAUGAAGGGUUUAAACAUCGGCAUGUUAUGGGAUAAGCAUUGAUGGCCGUAUUAAGUGUCAAUAUGUGCAAUAAAAUACUCAUUGGAUGUGUAAGGACGGAAUAAUAGUUGCUACACUUAAAUGCAAAAUAGUUCAUUUCAGA